CGCGUCGCCGUGCGCGGCCUCCCACGCGCAAACACCCGGGCGAAGCCCCCCACGCGCAUAACCACUUGUCCCCGGGCCGAGGGGCUGCCCUGACGGUGACGGCCAUGCCCUAGGGGAGACCCGCCAUGAGCCAAAGUGGGGCCUCGCGCCUGGCCGGCUCCCCGCCGCUGCCGGGGGGCUCGCUGCUGGCCCUGCUGGCCCCCGAGCCCUCCCCGUCCCCCCCCAGCGGGACGCCCUCACCCGGCCCCCCGCCGGCGUUGCUGGAAGGGGACUGGGAAGGGCGGGAGGAGCUGCGGCUGCGGGAGCUGGAGGAGGCGCGGGCGCGGGCGGCCCAGAUGGAGAAGACGAUGCGCUGGUGGUCGGACUGCACGGCCAACUGGCGGGAGAAGUGGAGCAAGGUGCGGGCCGAGCGCAACAGGGCGCGCGAGGAGGUGCGGCAGCUGCGGCAUCGCCUGGAGGCCCUCACCAAGGAGCUGGCCGGCCUGCGCCGCGACCGCGACCGCGACCGGCCCGAGGAGCGCCCGCCGCCAUCACGGCUCCACGGCCGGCCCGGCACCGGCAGCCCUGCCGACACCGACGGGGCGGAAGGAGAGGUUGACCCCGAGCAGGAGCCUGUGCGGGAUGUGGGGGCCGAGGCGCCCCAAAAAGCCAAGGAUCUGGAGCUGAUGGAAAACAUCUUGAUGAGCAAGCAGGACGAGAGCUGGGAGCAGCGGGGCCCCCGGGCCUCCUUCACCCGCCAGGAACGGAGCCGCCUGCUCUGGGAGGACGUCAGUGUCAUGGAGGAGGAUGCCACCAAAGUCACCGCCCUGAAGCUGAGGCUGGAUGAGUGCCAAAAAGUGCUGCUCAAAGAGCGGGAGGACAAGCUGGCGCUCAGCAAGAGCAUCGAGAAGCUGGAGGGCGAGCUCAGCCAGUGGAAGAUCAAGUACGAGGAGCUCAGCAAGAACAAGCAGGAGGUGAUGAAGCAGCUCAACAUCCUGAAGGAGAUCCACCAGGAUGAGCUGGGGCGCAUCUCCGAGGACCUGGAGGACGAGCUGGGUGCUCGCUCCAGCAUGGACAAGAAGCUGGCCGAGCUGCGCGCAGAGAUGGAGCGGCUGCAGGCGGAGAACGCGGCCGAGUGGGGCCGGCGGGAGCGGCUGGAGACGGAGAAGCUCAACCUGGAGCGGGAGAACAAGAAGCUGCGGGCACAGAUCGAGGACCUGGAGGAGGUGCUGGCUCGCAAGCGGCGCCAGACGGCCAGCGCCCUGGACACCGACCUCAAGACCAUCCAGGCCGAGCUCUUUGAGAAGAACAAGGAGCUGGCCGACCUGAAGCACAUCCACACCAAGCUGAAGAAGCAGUACCAAGAGAAGAUGGCCGAGCUGGCCCAUGCCAACCGCCGCGUGGAGCAGCACGAGGGCGAGGUGAAGAAGCUGCGCCUGAGGGUGGAAGAGCUGAAGAAGGAGCUGGCCCAAGCCGAGGACGAGCUGGAUGAGGCCCACAACCAGACGCGGAAGCUGCAGCGGUCGCUGGACGAGCAGACGGAGCAGAGCGAGAGCUUCCAGGUGCAGCUGGAGCAUCUGCAGUCCCGGCUGCGGCGGCAGCAGAGCACCCCGCUUUUCGGCAAGAUGCGCAGCGCCCGCUUCGGCCCCGAUGACGCCGGGGACGGCACCAGCGACCCUGACGAGGACGAGGACCUGCAGAUCCAGGUGCCCUAGUGCCCAGGGCCACGUGCCACCGCCGCGGGGACGUCCCGUGGCGGUCCUCUACCCACAAGUGCCUAUCGCCGCAGGGCCCAGCCAUGCAGUGACCCUUGUAUAGAUGGGGAAACUGAGGCACGGAGCAACAGGAUGGAAUUUGAGCAGGGAUGCUCCGAGCCCGCUGCCUCUCGGACAGUAUCUGAUGCCCCUCAGCCACCGGCACCUCCUGGGACACAGAUACGGCACCAAAGCCGGCAUUGCUGAGCAGCCCAGGAGGGGGAAGUGCAGGGCAGAGAGGGGCAGCAGGGCCUGCAGCCAGCCAUGCUCCUGCCCACGUUUUUAUAUAUAUAUUAUAUAUAUGUAUGUAUUUGUAUAUGAUUUUUGUUUUUAUUAUGAACUAUAAAUACAGAGCCCAGAGGGGCCCAGACUCGG